AAUCGGGGUUGAAGGAAAGCAAGGCAAUCAAUUAUUGAAGUUCAUUUCUAAUUGGCAUUCUUACUGUAAACAUCACGCUGUAUUGGUUACAGUCACGUAGGCAAUGCAAUUUCUUUCUUUAUAUUUAUCUCUGAUUUUGUUACGGGUCUGCAUCAUUGAAGCAAUACAAUGUAGCAUUGAAAACCAAGACAGGGUCGACUGUUAUCCCGAAACUAUUCCAGCUGUCAAAGAACACUGUGAGCAAAGAGGAUGUUGUUAUAACUCGAAUCCGAAUGUAAAUGAUAAUGUACCAUGGUGCUUUUUCCCUACAGACUACAAGGCCUAUAAGCUGUCAGAUUACAAAACGACACCUCAUGGUUUUCAAGGCGACCUUACAUUAACGUCUGGUGCAUCUCAUCAUUUUGUUGAUGAAAUUCAGCAGCUGAAACUAUUGGUGUAUCUGGAGACAGAAACCCGGCUUCAUUUUAAGAUCGUUGAUGCAAAUAAACCAAGAUAUGAAGUUCCAAUCCAGACGCCUGCUUUACAAAAAGCUGCAGAAAAUACAGCAUACAAAGUUGAUGUACAGAAUAACCGUUUUGGGUUAAUAGUUACAAGGAAAGAUACUGGUGUUGUCAUUUUAAACACAACUAUUGCUCCAUUGAUUUAUUCAGACCAGUUUUUACAGAUGUCCAGUGCCCUGCCCACAAAUGACAUAUAUGGCUUGGGAGAACGGCACGGCGGUGCUUUGGUCAGCACAAAUUGGAACAGAUUGUUGUUCUGGGCACGAGAUCAGCGCCCACAAGAAAACGAGAACUUAUAUGGCGACCAUGCAUUUUAUAUGGGCAUUGAAAAUGAUGGUAAAGCGCAUGGUGUCUUCUUAUUGAACAGUAAUGCUAAGGAAAUAGAGUUACAGCCUUCACCAGCUCUAACAUGGAGAACUAUUGGAGGAAUUCUUGAUUUCUAUGUGUUUUUGGGACCCACACCCGAAGAAGUUGUGCAACAGUAUACUCAAGUAAUUGGGCGGACAUUUAUGCCCCCAUAUUGGUCCCUAGGCUUCCACUUAUGUAGAUGGGGAUAUGGGAGUUCCAACAAUACUUGGGAUAUAGUGAAGCGUAUGCGAGAAGCAAAAAUUCCCCAGGAUGUGCAGUGGAAUGAUAUUGAUUAUAUGUCCAAGCGCUUGGAUUUCACAUACGACAAAACCACUUUCGAUACUCUCCCACAAAUGGUGGAGGACCUUCAUGAAAACGGGCAGCAUUAUAUCAUGAUUAUAGACCCUGGUAUAUCUAAUAAACAACCUACUGGGACUUAUCCAGCUUAUAAACAAGGGAUAGAAUUAGAUGUUUUCAUUAAGGAUCCGCGGACAAAUGCUCCAAUAAGUGGAGAAGUUUGGCCUGGCUCAACUGUCUAUCCAGACUACACUCAUCCUAAUAUUAAUUCUUACUGGAAAAAUCAGUUAUCUGGUUAUGAAGACAAGAUAAACUUCGAUGGUGUUUGGGUUGAUAUGAAUGAACCUUCAAAUUUUGUCACUGGAUCAACAACUGGUUGUCCAAAUAACCAGUAUGAGGACCCGCCCUAUGUUCCACAUGUGACUGGUGGGAAACUGCAAUCUAGGACCUUGUGUUCAUCGUCUAAGCAUUAUAAUGAAACAAUCCACUAUAAUGUACACAGCCUUACUGGACUUUUGGAAAUGAAAGCCACAAGUGAGGUAAUGGCAUCCAUACGGAAGAAAAGACCAUUUGUAAUAUCAAGGUCUACUUUUCCAAGUGCUGGUAUGUAUGGCGGGCAUUGGAGCGGUGACAUUACAAGUACCUGGCCUGAUCUAAGGCAGUCAAUUGCCAGUGUUAUAAAUUUUAAUAUGUUUGGUAUUCCAAUGGUGGGAGCAGACAUUUGUGGAUUUUCUGGCAGUACUAAUGAAGAGCUGUGUAUUAGAUGGAUGCAACUUGGGGCAUUUUAUCCAUUUAGUAGAAAUCAUAACAUGAAAUUAACAAGGGGGCAAGCACCAGUGGAUUUUUCAACACCAGUGCAAGUCCCUAUGAGAAAUGCACUGCUGAAGAGGUAUCUGUUCCUUCCAUACCUGUACACCUUGUUUUAUUCAUCCCAUAUUAAUGGUACAACUGUGGCAAGAGGUUUGAUGAUAGAGUUCCCAGAGGACCAUACAGCAAGAAAAAUUGAUGAGCAGUUUAUGUGGGGCAGUGGGCUUUUAAUAUCUCCGUGUUUAUAUGUUUCUUCUAGCCGUGUUAAUGCUUACUUUCCACGCGGUUUGUGGUAUGAUUGCACGACUGAAAACUUUGGCAAUAAGAUCAACUCGCAAGGACAAUAUGAGACACUCUCUGCUCCUUUGAAUGGCUCAAUACCUCUUCAUAUUAGAGGUGGGAACAUAAUACCAGCUCAGUAUCCAGAAUUGAACACAGUGAAGAGCAGAAAACAACCCUUUAUCUUAUUUGUGGCUCCAGAUAACACAGGAAAAGCUUGUGGGCAGCUGUACUGGGAUGAUGGAGAGACACUUUUGGGUGAUGGUUCUAUCAAGCAUGUUGCCAUUGAUUUUGUUUUAUUGGACAAUACCUUGUCCUCGUAUGCUUCCAAUUUUAACUACACUGAAAGCAUGAUGGUUUCAGAUAUUUCUAUAUUUGGUAUUAGCACUAAACCUAAAUCUGUUACAUUUAACAAAAAAGAAAUAGUGAAAACGGAAAUAGUAAACGGUAAUACACUAAGAGUUGAGGUUUCAGCUGAUUUAAAAGAAAACUUUGAGCUUAAGUGGGUUUUGUGAUAACAUAGUAUGCUACAUUGCUACAUUACCCAAAUGCAUGAACACCAUAUAUAUAUAAUUAAUUAUAUAUAUAAGCUUUAAAAUGUAACUAAAAUUGCCAAACAACAAGCAUAAAAUGGUACAAAUCUCAAGUUUUUAAAAAGAAAUAUUAAUAAAUUAUAAUGAUGCUGCAGUACUGUGUAAUAUGUGUGCAAUAAUAAUUGCGUAUGCUGUUUUAUCCGAAGCAUUGAGCAUUGUAGUUUGUCACUGUGUAUAUUUGUGCCAUAUAAACCAUGUUUCUUAAUUAUAUAUAUACAUAAAUGAAAAAAAAUCCUCAUUUAUUUCAUUUUCAUUCUUUAAUUUUGUUUUACAUUAUGAUGAUUAGAUUGGCUAAUAGAAAAAGUGCUGUUAAUUUUUUUAACACAUAAAAAAUGCUGUUAAAUUGAUUGCAGGUGUAAUUUAAUCCAUUUCUACCAAUCGAAUUGGUAGAUCAUGAUCCGCUUGAUUAAAAAACAAACGUCUUAUAUUGACUUUCAAUGGUUGAGGAAUUGGUAGAUGAUUUACUGAAGUUAUAUUUUUCAAGUGUUUAUGAAUCACUUGCAGACACAGCUGUUUUAAAGUUCUUUCCAGCUGAUAAACAACAACUGAAGUUUGUGAUGGUGUAUACCCGUCCAUGAAGGAGCCUAUUGGAAAAUAGACAAACGUUCUUUCUUUUGAAAAUCCCAUCCUAUAUCGGUACUUGCUGUCAAAUGCCAUCCAUGGAUGCCCAACAAAUGUCUGAACUGCAAAUUCAUGAUCUGGCUUCAACCUUUCUAUGUAUUUAAUAUGAUGUCCACGAAAGUCGAUCCAUUCCAGCGAAAUAUACGUCCCAGUUUUGUUGCAGAAUUUUACAUACGAUACUUGAUUUGACCUACAAGAUUUGAGUACAUCACUUCUAUCUCCUGGUGUAUCAAUAUUUUCCAUAAUACAAGACCUUCUGUCUUGUUGAAAACUGUUUUGCCUGUAGGUUAACUCUACAGUUAUAGUUUUAUCCUUUAAGCAAAAUGCUGAAGAGCUUUUGGCUGAUCACAUCAUUAAUACAAACAGGAUGUAAAAU